AUGAAUACCACAGCAACCAGAAAUAAGGACCCCCUGCACAUUGCAAUACUUAAGAGUGGAUUCUCUGUUGUUUUCUCUCUCUCCAUCAUCUACAUAAAUGGGAUUCUGAUACACAUAUUCAGAAAACAUCAGGUUUUCAACAUGAACUCUCGUUACAUCCUCUACAUCCAUCUGGUGGUCAAUGACAUCAUCAUGUUAGCAUUGAUGGUCCUCCUCAUAUUCCUGAGCUACGUCCUGUUCACAAUCAAUGUAUCAUUUUGCAUUAUCACGCUUAUUAUUGCCAUAGCUUCAAAUCUAAACAACCCCUUAACGCUUGCUGCCAUGGCUGUAGAGUGCUACCUGGCCAUAUGCUUCCCUCUUCGCCAUCCUCAGAUCUGUACAGUCAAGAAAACUUACAUUGCGAUCUCUUUGAUAUGGUUCCUAAGCUCUCUUGCAAUACUGCCAGAUGUGUUUGUAGUUGUGGCAACAAGACCUGCAGAAUAUUUUAAUUCCAAGAUUUUCUGCAUGUGGACAAAUAUUUUCACUUAUCCACAGCUUGAAACGAAGAGGGACAUAUUCAACAUUACUUAUUUGGUGAUUGUUUGGCUCACUCUUUUCUAUGCAUAUUUCAGAAUACUUUUCACGGCACAAGCUGCUUCUGCCAACGCUAAGAAAGCGAGGAACACCGUCCUGCUGCACGGCUUCCAGCUGCUGCUGUGUAUGCUAAGUUAUGUUCAUAGCAUAAUGAUUGAGGGCAUCAUAAAGUUUUUCCCAGGAGAUGCUCUGAUCAUUCGCUUUGUGAUCUCUUUGCUGAUUCAAGUCACGCCUCGACUCAUCAGUCCAAUAGUUUAUGGAAUAAGGGACAAAUUGUUCAGAAAGUACCUGAAAAGAUACUUUUUACCCUCAAAUAAGGCAAGCAUUGAUCCAAAAAAGAUGGAAAAGAACCCAACAUAA